AUGUCUGCCGCUGCCAAACCUAGUUCAAACCCGGUCCCGCCAGAGGAAGACGUCGAAUCGGAUGAUUACGAUAGCCAGGAGGACUCAGAGGGGGAAGCCGACAACGAGGCGGAGGAUGGGAGCGACGAGGAAGAGUACGGCACAGCACUUCUCAUAGCAGACCCAAACCAAAGCGCACAGGCCAACGAUGGCGAUGACGACAAUGACGACGACGACACGUGGGUCCCACCAGGCGCCGAACCCGAACAAGACAGCGAAGAAGAAGAUGACGACGACGACGAUCCCGCAUCCGCACAGGACAAAGACAAGGACAACAAAAAGCGCCCCAGGGAGAACGAUGCUCCCGAAACAGAUGGCAAAAAGGCUCGCACAUGA